AUGGACUGGCUAAUGGGUAAGGCUCGCGGUGUUGGAAAAGGUUUGAUGAACACUGGCGCCCCAUCAAAUUUGAUUGCUGAGCUAACCCAGCAUAGUAUUGAAUCCACUGUCAACCAUAGUGUUUGUUCAAACGAUGUUGAGUGUAAACAUAUUGGUGUCGCUUUACGUGAAGCUGUGGUUUCCCCCAGUUCUCGUAGCCUGUCCCCCGUAAAUCUCUCCUCUCCAAUGGAUGCGUCGUCCUCACCGACUCAGAAAGCUACCCAAGGAACCAACUCCGCUUCUUCAACAUUGGAAUCCACUUGCAGUUCGUCUGACGUUCCUGUAUUUAUGCAGGCUAAAUACGUAUCUCAACAGAUACCUUCGGCCGAUCCAAAACAUAUAGACUUCCGGGACCUUGUAGAGCCUUUUCCUGCCAUGGAUCUUAACGAGUGGCUGGCAGCCCACACAAUUGCUCUUUUUGAAAAUAUGAGCACUGUCUUCGAUGCCAUCCAAGAACUUUGCACAUGUCCUCACUUGGUUCCAAAUCAUGGCAUUUCUGUCCCUUGCUCUUCCGCAUGUACCAAUGUACGCGAAGGGUUCGUCUCAGACGACGAUCGCUGUAAACGAACAAAACAAACUUUCUCCAGUAGCACUGGUUCCGCCCGUCAGGAAAUUGACAGCGCGUUGUCGUCGUGUCAUGAUCUGAUUCAGUCUUCCGCCAUCUUCCCGGUUCGAAACGGUGACCACUUUCCCACCGAACUCCCCACCUAUGUGACGGUUAUAUGUAGAAAUCUACUACUUUGUAUCAUUCACUUAUAUCUGGGCCACUUUCAUCACUUGGAGCAGUUAGAUUUACUUCCUCACGUUAACACCCUCACUAAACAUUUUUUUGCGUUCACAACUAGAUUUUCGUUAGUCGAAGAUAAGCACGUUGCCCCACUUCUAGGUUUUGGUCGUCUCCUGAACCAAGAACCUGAUCAUUUAACAGUUGAUCCAUCUGAAUAA